AAAAUUCUCGGAAAAUGAAGCAUGAGCACUCAAAACCAUAUUCUUAAUGGAGACGGGUUUUAAUAUAUAAAGCUUACAACGUCCAUAGUCAGUCAAUUCAACUUGAAAGUUGUUAGACUUGAUCUUCCACCAAGCCGAUAAACCAGACAACCAAAGAUGAUGGUGAAAGCUACCCUCCUGGCCGUUUUGGCGACCGUUUUGAUUGCCGAGUCCAGCGCAAAGGCCCUCGGUGGCCCGAAAGAGAGCGACUACUCGGGGAUCAACUUGCCAGGCUUCAACUACACUCACGACGUGGUCGGAUCAGUCAUCAACGUGACGGCACCUUCAGUCUGGGUCGGCAAUUUGUACUGGCCUCAAUUCGGCGAGGCGACCCACGUCACUGACGACGAUUGGUGGAACAUGACCUUCCCCCACACCUACCCCGUAGCCUUGACCGUUGUGCCAAACGCCGAAUUCCAAUACGUCGAAGACGGUGUGAACAAAACCGAAGACGGCAUGGUAAUCGCCGACGCGAGCAAGAUCCAGUACACCCUCCACGUGACCGUGAAGAUGGACAACAGCGGCGAGUACCCGACCAUCGACUCCUUCGAAUCGAAAAUCGUCGUCGACAGCGUGGAACUGAGCAUCGUGAAGAAGGACAAGGAUUACGAGGACCGGCUGGAGGCCAACCCGGAAGCCUUCGCGGAAUACCAGGAAGCGCUCGAACAACAACUCCGCGAAUAUCUUGCCCCGGCCUUGAACGAGCAGAUCCACAGUGAUGAGACAGAGAGCGCCGCCGGCGCCAAGCUCACCCCGACCGCCCUCCGCCGACACCUCAAGCGAGGACCCCUCAAGCACGUCAAACUCCCCAAAGCUCUCCGCUUAUAACUUUCCAACCUCCCACUUCCUUACAAUACUUUGGCUUAAAAAUUUCAUUGGUGCAAUAUGGGAAACUUCGCUUGGGGCCACAGAAACUACGGAUGUAAGAUUAAUUGAAUUUAAUAAAGCAUAACACUUAACACCAAA